CGCUUUCGGCUUGAUAGAGAAGGAUUGCCGUCAUCGGCGGGAUGCCGUGUCGGGGCCAGUCGGGGCCAGGGCAGGCUGAAACCAUUCUAGCGCUCUCGAUGGGUCUCUGGCGCUGGCUAUUCACUGCCUGCCAUUGGCCUAGUCAAUGCUGCCCCCCGGGGAAAAAGGCUUUCCCCUCGGGCAGAAGCCGAGUCUCCUCGAUGCAUCCCACGGUUGCCCGAGUCCCCCCACAAACCGGGGCCCUGAUUCGUCCCUGAGCCCAACUCUGCUGAAACCCUCAUCCCAACCUGGGAAACACUGACGAGGCUAGCCUGCCAAGGGCUCUGUGCGGUGGGGAUAUGGGGAUGUUGGA